AUGAAGAAUUCCCAAAACCACCCGAACCUAUGGCUGACAUCUCAAGGAAUUGAUUAUUUGGCAUUCAUUGGCGUAAAAGUCGAUAAAAUUAUAUUGUGUCCCAAUUCGUGGUCUCUAUUGUCUCCCCAACUGAAGACAUGUCCGUCGGAUGUGAUGGCAAAUGAAGAUACCUCUACAACCAAUUUGUGCAGAAUUGUUGUGACCCCAGGCAUAGACCCGACCAUCACUUAUGAGGGCCACGUAUUAUUUGUAACAAACAAUGAUAUGGUCUAUGGUUUGGGUCAUAAUAGAAACGGAUGUCUGGGUUUUGGACACAAAAGUCCUAUACUAUCACCACAACUGAUCCCAGAAUUAUGUCAUAAAAACAUACAAUACUUUGUCAAUGGAUAUGAUUUUGUGUUAGCAGUGAAUGGCAUGAAUAGUAUCUAUGGUUUUGGUCACAAUAGCUUUGGACAGUUAGCCAAUGGUAAUAGAAAUAUGACUGAUUGGUGUCUGAAACCUGAGAUAAUAACAUAUUUUAAUAAUAAAAAUAUCCGACAAAUUAAUUGUGGUAAUCAUCACACACUGGCCCUCACAAGUGAUGGCCGGGUCUACGCCUGGGGUCAUAACAAUUGGGGCCAAAUUGGUUGCGGAAUAAAUGAAAGCGAGGAUAAGACUACAAGUGAUGGUAACUAUAAAACCCAAUUCAUAGAGAUGUCAGCCAUAGGUUCGGGUGGUUUUGGGACUGUAUUUAAAGUAAAGCAUAAAUUGGAUGAUAAGAUAUAUGCCGUUAAGAAUGUUCGAUUCGGGAAUUUUAGUGAAGAAAAGAAACUAAAAGUAUUAAAAGAAGUGAAAAGUUUGGCAAAACUGAACUCAGAAUAUGUGGUGAAAUAUUACAACUCAUGGCUUGAGUCCAAUCAUCUCUUCAUUCAAAUGGAGUUCUGUUUACAAAGUCUUAAAUCUGUUCUCAAAGACAAACCCAUUGUCUUCGAGAGACAACCGGAAGAAGGAAUUAAUAAUAUCUUAGAUUGUGUUCAAUAUAUCCAUUCAUGUGAUCCACCGGUCAUUCAUCGGGAUCUCAAACCCGACAAUAUAUUAAUUGAUCCCGACUUCGGGUCUAAUCGUUGUGUAAAACUGUGUGACUUCGGUUUGGCCACCGAUCACAACACCGAUGGCCACACUGCCAGCCGAUACUCGCACUCAGUAGUGGGCACAACCAGAUAUAUGGCGCCCGAAGUAUUUUGCGGCAAAUAUAACCACAAAUCAGAUAUAUUUAGUCUCUCUGUAAUCGGACAGCAGUUGUUUGAUAUCGAUCUCCAGGAGUAA